AUGGCCGAUUCAGGUCUUCCCUCCGGUUGGGAAGUUCGUCAUUCGAACUCCAAGAACCUCCCCUACUAUUUCAACCCCGCUACUAAGGAGUCGCGCUGGGAACCUCCUGCGGAUACCAAUACCGAGACACUCAAGCUCUAUAUGGCGACGCACCAUACCCCCGCGGGUCGCCCUGAGGCCGGUGGCCAGGGUGAGGGCAAGAUUCGCUGCAGCCAUUUGCUCGUCAAGCACCGUGGCAGCCGCCGCCCCAGCAGCUGGAGGGAGGCUGAGAUUACUCGUUCCAAGGAGGAGGCCAUUGAGAUCUUGAAGGGUCAUGAGCAGCGUAUCCAGUCGGGCGAGACCACUCUUGGUGACCUUGCCGUCUCCGAGUCCGACUGCAGCAGUGCCCGCAAGAAGGGUGACCUUGGCUUCUUUGGCCACGGAGACAUGCAGAAGGAGUUCGAGGAUGCUGCCUUUGCCCUCGAGCCUGGUCAGGUUAGCGGUGUAGUAGAGACUGCAUCUGGAGUCCACCUCAUCCAACGGUAG